CCGAGGCACUCCAUCUGGCCUCCCUUCUCUGUCAGCACGGCUACUUCUUUCCUGUCGGCGACGCCAAGACGCUCCAGGUCAAAGAUGAUUCUUCUCUCUACCGUUUCCAGACUCCAUACUAUUGGCCCUCUCGAAAUCACGUGCCGGACUCCACCGAUUACGCCAUAUACCUCCACAAGAAGAUCGCCAAAAACAAACAGAAACACGGACUCGAGGACUGUGAACUGGAAGGGUACCAUCAGCUCAAAAAGACUCUUGCUUCAAAAUGGGACUUUGUUGCGAUGCAGGCAGACGAACAGCUCAAAAUGGCCAAGGACCGCAAGAAAGGCGACAAGAUCGUAUCAGAGAGCCAGGAGCGGGCCUACUGGAGGGUGUACCGGCCUCCUCCAGGCUUCACCAACGCCCUGGAGAUGCCUCCCGUGCCGGACAGAAGCCGACACCAGUCGAGUCGGGCACCCACCGUGGCCACGCUGAAGAGAGAUCUGAGCUUUCUGAAGAUGACGCUCGGACGUCUGCGUAUGAAGAUCUCCCAGGUGGCGGAAAGCAUGCUGUCCCAUCACGACACCUAUCUGGAGCUGGACCCGUUUCUUUCGCCCGUCCAGCCGAGCAACCCGUGGCUCACGGACGAUCCGACGUUCAUGGAACUCAACGAGCCGCUCGUGGAAUUCCCCACGGAGCGCCGCGUGCGCCGCUGGGCCAUCAGCAUGGAAGAGACGGUGUCGGACCCCACUGGCCUUCACGAGUUUACCUCCUGCAUGCGGAAGGAGUUCAGCCACGAGAACAUCCGCUUCUGGAGCGCCGUCCAUCAGCUGAAGAAGAUGCCUCUCAGUCAGGUGCCCGACGAGGUCCGCCACAUCUACGACGAGUUUCUGCGGCCGGGGGCACCAUGUGAGAUCAACAUCGACGGAAAAACAAUGGAGCGCACUCAAGAACUUUUGAAAAAUCCCACACGUUUCACGUACGACUACGCAGCUGACCACAUCUUCGACCUUCUUCUGAAAAAGGACUGCUAUCCAAGAUUUUUGCGCUCGGAGCACUACAAAAACCUGCUGACAAACGCAACAAAUCCCACGUCAAAGAAAAGUUCCACAAGCUCCACAAAGAAAUUCUUUACAUUUGGGGCUCCCGGCAAGAAGAAAAUCUCGUCUGUCACGCCACCAAACAUCAGCCAAUUGGUGGCCAGCUCUGGUCGUCUGAGCAGCGAGGACCAAUCAGCGGUCGCUUCCACUGGAGGGGGCGGAGCCAAGCCGGACUGUGAACCGCCGUACAGGGGUGACUUGCAAAGUCGAGAACGGCCAAGGCCGACCGUUCCUGUGCUGAAGGAGGAGGACGCCGGCAUCUUUCUGGGGGCGCCGGCCACCCCGCCUCCCUCAGCAAGACCGGCUCCCGGGCUCAGUCCUUCCCCAAGUCCUUGUCCAGCACGUCCGAGCUCUGAGCCGCCUCCGAGUACCGGUGCCAGCGGCUCCACGGCUCUGGUGCCAGCCUCGGCCCCCGCCUCUGCGGUCGUCCCUGGCGCCCCUUCAGCUCCCUCGUCUGGAGCAACAUCAGGUGCUGCUGCUUCGCCUGCGGGAGUCGCUUCCGCUUCCGCAUCCUCUUCGCCGUCGCCUGGGGCGACAGCUGCGUCCUUUGCAUUCGCUUCUGCUUCAUCUACCGCUGUGGCUACGCCACCGGCACCAUCUUCAACCAGUGCUUCUGCACCUCCGUCUGGUGCCGGUUCAAGUGCGUCAGGCAACACUCCCGGUUCCUCAGUCCUUCCCAAAGCUUCGGAGCAGUCCUUUCUAGCCUCCUCCUCUCCAAAGAAUAUCGUACAGGGUCCCGGUGGUUCCACGACCACGUCAACGGUGCCGGGUGGUAGUGGCACUUCGGCAACUGCAGCACAAGGGUCAGCAGCAACUGCAGCUGCUUCAGGGCUGGCAAGCUCUUCGCCAGCGGCAGGUACCCCGGCAGAAAAAGCUGGCUCCCCGGGGCUGGCAUCUGGAGCCAAAAGCGGAGCAGAGGGUGCGGCAAAAGAGCAAGCUUCAGUCGCAGGUCCUUCACCAACCUCGGGGGGAUCGUUGAAAGGAGGAGCUUUAGCUGGAGCUGCUUUCUUUCCUGAGGGUGCUGAAUGUUCGGCAGUGGCGCCUCUGGAGCUCGUGCCAGGAAGGCCUUCCUCAUCUGGGGCGCAGGUGGAACGAAAACACAGCCGAGCGAAGGGCGAAGAGGCAACAUUGCUGCCUGGGGAUGCCGCGAGCCUGCCAGCUUCAGCAGCGGAGGAAGGCGCUUCCGGAAGAGAAACGAAGGAUGGCGAAUACAUUGUGGAAGUAAAAGAUGCUGCCGUUGGAACAUCGCCCACCACUGCUGAGUAUCAGGUGGCAGCUGCGGUCGUCGGCCCUGCGCUCUGCCCUCCACCUCCAGUGGUCUCCGGCGACGUCCCUGCUGCCUGGACCCCCGCCAUCGCGCCUCCGGCCAUGUUCCAGGAUAUGACCGCACCGCUAGCCACCAUCGACGAGCGCGACGAGCCCACGCCCCCUCCUCCACCUCUGCCUCAGUCACCGCCGUCGGCGACAACAGGAUCUCCAGCGUCCGCUUCCCACCUGGCGCCGGAGGGAGCUGUCGGUUUGGGGUCAGCAUCCGCAUCAGGCGCUGUUGGUGGUGCGACAAAAUCAGGCUCAGCGUCUGGCGGUCCAUUCCACACGGAGAUCGUUACGCUGACAGAUCGCUGCGCGCAAACUGUGGAGACGGGCGAUAGCGUCGACUAUGGCUCCACUACGGACAAACAGUGCGAGGCCAACCUUCCGCGGGAACGAGGCACGCGACGCAAGGAGAAGAAAGUCAAAAUCUUCGAGGGGCAGCCUCCGGGCGCCGCAGUGGCAGGGCCAUCAGGUUUGGGUGCUGGUGCUGAGGCAGCGACUUCCGAAGAUGCUGCAAGGAGAAGGUCACGAAGCGCUUCCGCCGACGCGAAACGCGAGAGGAAGGAGUCACGUGCGAGGCGCGAGCCGCGGAAGAAAUCCUCCAGCGAGAGGAGGAGAGCGCGGCUUGAGGAGAGCGAGCUGGCGGAGGGCACCUCGAGGCAGGGGGUUUCGCCGAAGCGGGGCGACGUGGUGGCACCCGCGUCUGGUGAGCCACCGCCGCAGAAGCUCGACGAAAGCAGCGUCUGUCCCUGGGAGAACGACAACCCGGAACCGACUCGUCGCGUGGUGGUUCGAUGGCUGAACAUUCAGACGGACCUGUAGAAACUUGUCGGCUUGACGCACCCUUCGUGAAGACGUACGCCACAUUGGGAUAUUUGUAGCGCCACAGACGACGUGCUCUUCGACUCUCCUUCUGCGGGGCCUGCGCGAACGGACGUCCUCCCGCACUCUCGCUCCUCUCGCGCUCUGUCCUCUUUCUCUGCGCGCAGUGCAGUGAAUUACGCUCGGGUCGUGGACAGCCGCCGCAGCAAGGGCUGGCGAUGCCGCAGAUAUAUGACGUCAUUGGGAAAAUCAGGCGGGACGAUAACACGUUGCAACCUAUCCUGGGAGCAAGUCUCAAACAUCAAAGCCGCUAGAACAAGGCUGCGAAUCUAACAGCGAUCAGGCGAGAAAUAUGAGAAAGCUGGCUUGUCGAUACAACCAACAAAACGCACAAAAGAGUGACCUGACAAAAGCAUGAGUCACUUCCCGCUGACACUGCGAAAGAUGACACUCACCAACAUCUGGAGAGAGUGGCACUGUCUGACACUGCGAGACACCACAUGCGAACCGAAAUCAUCACACUCGCACCGCGGUUGGGUCUAAUUUGAGGGGAAAUCGCCGUUCGGCACCGCCCGCCGUCCACCGACUUACAUGAGCCCACUGAAUACAAGUCGACCUGUGGGCGGUAGCCGGCGGCGAGAGGACACUAGCGUUCUCGACUAGCGGCGCGACCCUUUCGGCGUUUGACCGGGACCGUCUGCCCACGGUCCCCGCCAGCGCUGGAGCGUUGCUCCGCCAGUCGCGAUCGGUUUGAAGAUGAGCUAGUUGGUAAGUGGGGGUGCCGCGGCGCCGGGGCUCGUCGCCGACCACCGAAGGGACGCCGGACAUCGUGGGAUGGUUGGCGACGGGCGCGGGGGUCGUGUCACACUCAGUUGGCUAGGUGAGAAGCUCAGGACGGCUACCGAGGGAGGAAAGGGGUGGUAAAUGGAGAAGGGGACUGCCGCGGUGUGAUGGGGUGCUGAGAAGUAUAGAAAAGUAUUGGUACCGACGAGUACCAGUACCAAGUACAGGAGUCCAGUGUCAGGUACGCCAGUGUCACCAAGGCAUCAGGAACAAUGUCAGAUGGACGCCCAGCGUUCUGAGAGUGCAGCGAAAAAGUGAGAGCGACCAACGAGAUCACUCGUGCGUUAGUGAGAACUGGAUGAAAAUCCCUGUGCUAAACAUACACUCAAGCGCAAGAGGCACAAACAUACCAUGCACAAACGUGCACCAAGUGCACAGUCAUUGAUCGCACACUUGCUAGCGACACGAAUUACUCAACUACAGCCGUUCUCAGCACAAAACCAGCGCUAUCAGCUGACUAGAUUUGGCCCUUCCAGUGGUGUGCCGCCUUUCCCGAUGACGUCAUAUUUUUGUGGCUCCGUCUGACCCGGACGGUAUGGACGGCGCGAUGUGGUGAAUGCCGACACACACAGAACAGGGAGUUCUACUGAGGCCGUGUGUGCGCCGGACAGGCUGCAUACCGGCCUCUCAGACCCCCCAGAGCCGUGCUAUUGUGUAUCUAGAGAGCAGGGACCACUUCCCGUGAUCUGUCGAAAUUUGUGCGCUGCUUUUUCGGUGACCGCGCGCGUCAGUGGCCGAUGAGUGCUAAGAGGCUACACUCAGAGAUGUUUGUCAAAAUAGUUUGUGACGCGAUGAGGCUCUCACACGUCAGCACUCUGCUUUGAUACGGUGUGAGCUGUGAGAUAGAGGGUCUGUUUGAAUCGCUGAAAUGUUUUAUCCCGCACGCCGCUUUGCUUUGUCUGGGCGCCUGGCGGCUAUAGAUUGCACUACUAGUUCCCGCGUUUGCCGCUAGGGUGACGCGGUCGCUCAGCCGUGCUGCCGUUCCUGUGAGCGGUGCACACCGCGACACCGACCGGUGUGUUAUUGCCGUACGAACUCACGGCUCUCUAGCGAUGGACAGAGUGGAUGUUUGAGAGAGCUCGCCGGUCUGGUGAUUCUCGUGGGUGUCUCGGUGACUGUUGGCCCCGCUCCAUCCCGCUUCUCCCAAUUCUCGAUGCCGAAUCCGGUCGCAAAGCGUCGCAGCUGCCGUUACCAUCGCGAGAACAGAGGCCGCUGCCGUCGCCUCAGUGCAGUGGCGCUUCCACACCAGGCUCCAGCCGGCCGCGACCGGAGGAAAACUUCAGUCUUCAGAAACAUGCUUCUCUUCGGCCACAGUGAACAAUAACUGUUGGGAAUGAGAGCCAACCGUGUGUGUUUCACCGACCCGUCGCCAGCCACGAACAACUCGGCCACUGAGCCUCCACAACAACAAUGCUCUCGGCGGAUAAACGGCCCACAUGUGUGCGUUCGGCUCGACGCUGGGGCCGUGAGAGUAAGCUCCAAAGUGAGAUGUGAGCUCCCAGGGACCGGUCCACAGUAGAGAUGCCAGUUACCGCGGCUGGCCCACCUGUCAGGCAGGACCAAUGUGCGCGCUAGAAUUAACGUAUUGUAUAACGGUAGAAUCGAGAGUGCUCUCGAGUUUGUUCGAUAUCAAAGUAAUACGAAUAAUAAUCCA